CAGCCGGACGGUCAGAUGCCGAGCGACAAGACCAUCGGGGGGGGAGACGACUCCUUCAACACCUUCUUCAGCGAGACUGGAGCUGGAAAACACGUUCCCAGAGCCGUGUUCGUGGACCUGGAGCCCACGGUCAUCGAUGAAGUCCGCACAGGAACCUACCGGCAGCUCUUCCACCCGGAGCAGCUGAUCACUGGAAAGGAAGAUGCAGCCAACAACUACGCCCGCGGGCACUACACCAUCGGGAAGGAGAUCAUCGACCUGGUUCUGGACAGGACUCGUAAACUGGCCGACCAGUGCACAGGGCUCCAGGGUUUCCUCAUCUUCCACUCCUUCGGAGGGGGAACCGGCUCUGGCUUCACCUCCCUGCUGAUGGAGCGUCUCUCCGUCGACUACGGGAAGAAGUCCAAGCUUGAGUUUGCCAUCUAUCCGGCUCCUCAAGUGUCCACGGCUGUGGUGGAGCCCUACAACUCCAUCCUGACCACCCACACCACCCUGGAGCACUCUGACUGCGCCUUCAUGGUGGACAACGAGGCCAUCUACGACAUCUGCCGCAGGAACCUGGACAUCGAGCGGCCGACCUACACCAACCUCAACAGGCUGAUCGGACAGAUCGUCUCCUCCAUCACCGCCUCCCUGCGCUUCGACGGCGCCUUGAACGUGGAUCUGACGGAGUUCCAGACCAACCUGGUGCCCUACCCUCGAAUCCACUUCCCUCUGGCCACCUACGCCCCGGUUAUCUCCGCAGAGAAGGCCUACCACGAGCAGCUGUCAGUCGCAGAAAUCACCAACGCCUGCUUCGAGCCCGCCAACCAGAUGGUGAAAUGUGACCCUCGCCACGGGAAAUACAUGGCCUGCUGUCUCCUGUACCGCGGAGACGUUGUUCCCAAAGAUGUGAACUCUGCCAUCGCCACCAUCAAAACCAAGCGCACCAUCCAGUUUGUGGACUGGUGUCCCACUGGCUUCAAGGUGGGCAUCAACUACCAGCCCCCCACCGUGGUUCCUGGAGGAGACCUGGCCAAGGUGCAGAGGGCGGUGUGCAUGCUGAGCAACACCACCGCCAUCGCAGAGGCCUGGGCGCGCCUGGACCACAAGUUCGACCUGAUGUACGCCAAGAGGGCCUUCGUGCACUGGUACGUGGGAGAGGGGAUGGAGGAGGGGGAGUUCUCCGAGGCCAGAGAGGACAUGGCCGCCCUGGAGAAGGACUACGAGGAGGUGGGCACCGACAGCGUGGGGGAGGAGGACGAAGGAGAGGAGUACUGAGUCACUGAAACACCUACAGCUCGCUGAAGUAAUAUAGACUCCAUCAUUCAAUUCAUUCAUUCUUUCCAGUGAGCUACAACAUGUUCGUGCAAAAUAAACAAACAUAUUGAAGUA